UAAUACUUCCAUACAAACCGAGCAAACACUCAAGCGUGCAUAAUCGACCCGGCCCAAUAGUGGAAAUGCUUGGAAACCCAAUUCGUCUCUUCCCUCUCCAGGCUAUCAAAAUCUCGAAUUCCAAAUUUGAACUAAACUGAUUAUUCCUCAGCAGCCAGCCAACUAUUAAACAAAAUAAGAAGAAGGAGAAAUGUUGCUGGCCGUGUUAAUUGCCAACUCCGAGGGAAACAUUCUUGUUGAACGGUUUAAUGGUGUGCCAGCAGAAGAGCGUUUGCAUUGGCGGUCUUUCCUAGUCAAGCUUGGAGCAGAUAAUCUUAAAGGCGCAAAGAAUGAAGAACUUCUUGUUGCUUGUCACAAAUCUGUUUAUAUUGUGUACACAGUGCUUGGAGAUGUCAGCAUCUAUGUCGUUGGCAAGGAUGAGUAUGAUGAACUUGCAUUGUCUGAAGCAAUCUUUGUCAUAACAUCAAGCAUUAAGGAUGUCUGUGCGAAACCUCCAUCAGAGCGCCUUUUCUUGGACAAGUAUGGAAAGAUUUGUCUGUGUCUGGAUGAAAUUGUAUGUAAGGGGCUGCUGGAGAACACCGAAAAAGAAAGAAUUAAACGACUUGUAAGGAUGAAGCCUCCUGUUGAGUUCUAAGUGAGAUACCAUUGUCUACUACUUUUGUUCCGGACUUACUAUCAACAUGUGCCAUUUAAAAUGUUCAUCUCCAAGUAAAAUGUUCUAAAUAGUAUAUUGAGAAACGCUAAAAAGAUAUGUUGUAUGAUUUACAUUAAAUAAUCAAGACAAAUCAUGUAAAUUUAUUUGUUUUCUUACAUUUGACAUGUGAAAUGUUAUAUGUAGUACUUUGCACAUUAACUAAACCCCCC